AAAUAAAAUACAUAGGAAGGAAGUAUUGAUAACUCUAUCGCCCUCCUUCGCCUUAGACGAUCUUCUCUUCUCUGCAACAGCCGAAAAGAAAUGCCGGAAACAAAAGAAAAUAUUAUACUCUUUCCAUUCAUGGCACAAGGCCAUAUAAUUCCCUUCCUCGCCUUGGCUUUUCACAUUCAAAAAACCAGAAAAAACUGCACCAUAACUUUUGUCAACACCCCUUUGAACAUCAAGAAACUCCGCUCAUCUCUCCCUCAAAACUCCUCCAUUAAUCUUGUUGAAAUCCCUUUCAACAGUUCACUUCACGGCCUCCCACCAGACUCUGAGAACUGCGACGCUCUCCCUUAUUCUCUCAUCAUUCAACUCCUGAGAGCUUCGGCUUCCUUGAAGCCUGGUUUCAGAGAGCUCAUAGACGAUCUUAUUUGCAGGAACAAUGGCGCCGACGCCCCGCUUUGCAUUAUUGCUGAUAUCUUUUUCGGGUGGACGGCCAGUGUUGCUCAAGAGUUCAAUUUGUUUCAUGCCAUUUUUAGUGGCGCUGGAGGAUUCGGCUUGGCUUGUUAUUACUCGGUCUGGAGAAAUUUUCCGCAUAAGAAAACUGAAUCGGAGGAUUUUUUGUUGCCGGAUUUUGAAGAAGCUGGAAAAAUUCAUAAGACACAAUUGGCUUUAAGUAUGCUUGAAGCUGAUGGUUCUGAUCCUUGGUCACUUUUCCUAGGGGAGAAUUUACCAGAAUAUGUGAAUUCAAAUGGUAUUUUGUUCAACACGGUUGAAGAAUUCGACAAGCUUGGAUUGAUGUAUUUUAACAGAAAACUAGGCAGGCCAGCUUGGGCAAUUGGGCCAAUUUUUUUAUCUUUAGACAACAGAGCACAGACUGCAAAAGGCAAAGAAUCUGGAAUCAGUUCAGAAAUCUGCAAAGAAUGGUUAGAUUCAAAGCCUGAUAAAUCAGUUUUGUACAUUUCAUUUGGGUCAAUGAACACAAUCAGCUUGUCACACAUGAAAGAACUGGCCAUUGCUUUGGAAGCAAGUGAAAAAAAUUUCAUCUGGGUUAUUAGGCCGCCAAUCGGGUUUGACGUAAACUCAGAAUUUAGAGAAAAAGAAUGGCUGCCUGAAGGGUUUGAAGAGAGGGUGAUUUCGGGUUCAAAAAGAGGUCUUUUGGUGAAAAAAUGGGCACCCCAAGUGGAGAUUUUGUCACAUAAAGCAAUAGGUGGAUUUUUGAGUCAUUGUGGGUGGAAUUCCGUGCUUGAAGCGUUGAUCCAUGGGGUGCCGAUUCUGGGGUGGGCGAUGGCAGCCGAGCAGUUUUUUAAUGUGAAGUUUUUAGAGGAGGAGAUGGGAAUUUGUGUGGAGGUGGCGAGAGGGAAGACUUGUGAAGUGAGACACGAAGAUAUAGAGGCAAAGAUUGAGACGGUGAUGAGUAUGGAAAGUAAGAAAGGGAAUGAAAUUAGAAGAAAUGUUUGUAAAGUGAAGGAGAUGAUUAAGAAUGCCAUGAGAGAUGAAGAAAAUUACAAGGGAACUUCAGUGAAAGCCAUGGAUGAUUUUUUCAAAGCUGCAUUAUCAAUGAAAGAGAAGAACAAGAAGAAAGGGCUCAUUAAUGGAGUUUGAGCUGGUUUGUAAUUAGUACUCUAUCAAGUAAUAAAAUGUUUUCAAAUUAGAAAAUAAAUAGCCACUAGAGAUCAUUGUUUGUGUUCAAACUUAAGGUUACCAAGCGGCUGUCUCCUUAAAUUUUAUGAGUUAGUAUUGUUAUUCACAAAAAUUCCUAGUGAAGGAAAUAAUAAAUCAUAUUACCAUCGUGAGAAA